AUGAAAGUCCUGGCGUUCGUGUACAGCCUGGCCGGACCUGCCCCCGUCCAGGACACAGCUGAUGUGAAGGCCGCCAAGGCGGAGUUCCGCAAGCUGUACACCGAGGCUGCCGCCGCCGCCGACACGGCUGAUGUGAAGGCCGCCAAGGCGGAGUUCCGAAAGCUGUACGCCAAGGCUGCCGGCACGUACGGUCCUGAGGGCGUCUCGUACUCCUACAGCUCAACUCACCCGACGUUCCCCUACGGUCGUCUAACUGGAGAAUACAGCUAUGGCUACAGUGACGGCCUGAGCACCAAGUCGGAGAGCAAGGACGCCUACGGCGGCACCGUCGGCUCUUACAGCUACGUGGACGCCAACGGCUUGACCCAGACAGUCAACUACGUGGCGGACGCGGCGUUCGUGUACAGCCUGGCCGGACCUGCCCCCGUCCAGGACACAGCUGAUGUGAAGACCGCCAAGGCGGAGUUCCGCAAGCUGUACGCCAAGGCUGCCGUCGCCGCCGUCGCUGCCCCCGACUACCGCAAGAAACGCAGCGCUCCUCUGCCCGGCACGUACGGUCCUGAGGGCGUCUCGUACUCCUACAGCUCAACUCACCCGACGUUCCCCUACGGUCGUCUAACUGGAGAAUACAGCUAUGGCUACAGUGACGGCCUGAGCACCAAGUCGGAGAGCAAGGACGCCUACGGCGGCACCGUCGGCUCUUACAGCUACGUGGACGCCAACGGCUUGACCCAGACAGUCAACUACGUGGCGGACGCGGGCACGUACGGUCCUGAGGGUGUCUCGUACUCCUACAGCUCAACUCACCCGACGUUCUCCUACGGUCUUCUGUAUAUCUAA